AUACUACAAAGAAUUUGACCGUUGAGCUUCUCUUCUCUGAUCUUCCAACUAAACCACAAAAACAAAACACAAGCACUAUUCUCUAUUUCAAACAAUCUCUCUCUGUUUCUCUUUCAAAGCAAGAAGAGAAAUCAAGAUUCAAUAGGCAACAAUGGAGGUUGAUUUUUCUUUCAAGGAGGAAGAUAUGGUGGUCGACGACGGAGUUGGGUACCCAAAAGCAUAUGCAAAGCUGUGUAGAGAUCGUGGAGCUGGGACUUACACCCAAGGCCCUCCCUUCACUUUCACUCCAAGCGCAUUGCAGCAACAUGAGAUUUUGAAAGCAAAAGAAUUAGAGCAGAUGUUCCCAAUUAUUGACCCAAAAGCAAAGCAAACUGCUAGACCCAAGAUUUUUGUGGGUCUCUUGUGGAAGCAACUCAGUCAUCUAGGGAAUGCUGGUUUUGAUCCUGCAGUAAUUAGAGUUGAUCCAUAUGGCAAUGUUCUAUAUUUCCAUGCUGAUAGGUCUUCUCCUCUUGCUUGGGACAUUGACCAUUGGUUUCCUUGCCAAAGGGGAGGAUUAACAGUUCCAAGUAAUCUGAGAAUACUGCAAUGGCAAGUGUGCAAGAGAAAGCAUAACAAGUUAGAGUUUCUUGUUCCAUGGUGGGAUCUUCAGUUGGGUAUUUCAGUGAACCAGUUUUUAUCUAUAUUUGCUUCUUCCAACUCGGAUUUCAGGCACAGGGCUUUUUCAUUUUUGUUUUCGGAAGGUGAAAAUGAAGAACUAAAUGCUUCACAGACUGUGGAUUCACAUUCUUUUCCUCAACAUUUCAUUGAAUCAAAGGAGCAACUAGGCCUUGCUCCAGCUGCCCUUGUUGUAUCUCGAAAAGAGUCCUAUGAGGCUUUGAAAUCAUUGGAUUACAAUAGGCAGAUAAGGCCACAUUCUCCUGCAAUCGCUGCUCGAAAAGUAAAGCCUGGAUACUUGAAAGAAAAUGAGAAUCCAGACUUUGUGACAAACCCAUACCAAGCCAUUGUCAUGGCCAGAGAUUCUCUGAAGCAAAGAGAAGAAGCUCAGAAGAUGCAAGCUGAAAUACAAAAAAUGGAUGAUGAAGUUAAUGAAAUGAGGAGAAAAAAUGAUGAGGAAAAGCUUGCUAUCCAGGACUUAGAGUUGGAACUGAUAAAGCGUAGGAGAAGGGCAGAAAAGUGCAGGCGGCUAGCUGAGGCACAAUCUUCAUAUCGGACUAUGUUAGAGAAGAUGAUUAGAGAUGCUAUGCACCAGAGUGUCAUUUACAAGGAACAAGUAAGACUGAACCAGGCUGCAUCUAAUGCACUGAUGGCAAGGCUUGAAGCACAGAAAGCAAUUUGUGAUGCCUCAGAAAAAGAACUUCACAAGAAAUACAAACAAAGAGAUGAUCUUGAGACACAGAUAAGACCUGAAUGGGAACAUGCAAGGAAGAGAACAAGAAUGGAUGAUAUGUUAUCUGAAGAUAGAGACCACAAUAAAGCUAUUCUUUUUUUGCCAGGAACCAGGCCAAGAACACCUCUACACAAGGAGCUGAGAGUAUUUCUUGAGGAGGAACUAAGAGCAUCAGAAGCUGCCAUAUCUGCCAAUGAAGAUAGGAAGCAUGAAGAAAUUGGAGAGGAUGUGAAAAUGCCUGCAAAAAAUAUCAUGUAUGAGAAGGGCCAUGAUGCUCAUAAUAAAUCCAUUGUUGCGUUGGAGAAUGGAUUCUCAAUUGAGCGUGAGCUUCAGGCACUAGAAAUAGGUGAAGGGAAAAGAGACAAAAUUCAAUUCCCAAUUAUCAGAGAAGUAGAAAUAGAAGAAGAUGAAGAGAGCAGGAAGCAGCGUGGGAAGGGAAAUGUAGAGAGGUGGCUACAAAUGCUGCUGGAGAACUCUCAAGAUGAAGUAGAACGUGAAAAUUCAAAUGAACAUGAGAAAAGCAGGACAGAUGAUAUAAUUACAAAGCUCAACCAAAAGUUCCCACAAAAGGAGGUGAAAAGGCAGCAACAGAUAAUCCAAGAGAAGGAUAAGGGAAAGGAGGUAGAAGAGAUUGCUGACAUUGAAGAAAGUAACACACUGACAAGGAGAGACAAUCUAGAUGAGGCCAGUGAAGGGAUCAGAAGUAGAAAGAGUAUUGAAGGGAAAGAGAGGAUAGAGAAUGGAAAAGAAAGAGCGGUCACAAGGUCUGAAAGUGCCAGGACCUUGCGGCGUAUUCCAUCUUCUCCUUUGCUCUUGGGUAUGAGAAAGGGAGUGGAAUGUAUGAGGAAGAAGCCAAUGGUAACUAGUGAUGAUGACAGUAAUGAGGAUCAUAAUGAAGGAAACAGCUUCAUCAAGUCAUCCAUCAAAACAAUCAAGAAAGCAGUGAAAAUAUGACAUUUCAAUUUCUCCAUAUUGAAGCAUUUGUAUUGUAUCUAUACUUUUUCAUUUUCCCUUUCUUUUUUUUUCUUUUACCGAUUGGUUUUAUAGUGUGCAAUAGCUGCUGCAUAAGCUAAAUAAUUGUGUGACUUCCAUGUAUAUUUUGUUGUCUUUGAUUUUCCUUGGCUUUAAAAGUCAAGCUAGUGUCCAUUUCAAAUACAUAUAAAUCUUUUCUUCCUGGUUCAA